AUGAACCAGUCGGACUCAAAGAGCACCACGGAUAUUGAUAUUGAACAAACGAUUUACACUUUGGUGGAAGUUCUCAUUGCAGCAUGCUGCUGUCUGGGGAAUGCAAUGGUUGUUUUGGCUCUGUGGAAAACAAAAAGCAUCCAGCAACCCACCUACUGCCUCAUUGUGUCUCUGGCUGUGGCUGAUUUUCUUGUUGGAGUUGUGGCUAUACCCUUGGCUGUGCUGGUGGAUGGACGAAUGGAAACUUCAUUCCACACUUGUCUCUUCAUCAGCUGUGUGGUGAUCCUGCUAACCCUCGUUUCGGUUCUCUGUUUGACGGCUAUUGCUGUGGAUCGUUACCUUCGGCUCUCUCGCCCUUUCUGGUACAAAAGGACUAUAACCUGGAGGUAUUCAUAUUCUGUGGCUACUGCAUGCUGGCUUUUUGCAGUACCAUUGAGUUUUGCUCCAAUGCUUGGAUGGAAUGGAGGACUGGAGAAGUUUAAUUCCUCUGAGAAAUGCAUGUUUAUAAAUGUGAUCACCUUGAAUUAUCUGGUCUACUUUAACUUUUUUCUCUGCACCUUAACACCACUGCUGGUGAUGACUGUAUUGUACGCCUAUGUUUUUUGCUACAUUCGAGAAAAUCUCAGAGAGAAACCAGGCAACGGUGCCCAAAAUCAGUCAAAGAACUACCUAAAGAAAGAGAAACAGCUGGCAUCAUCUCUUGCUCUUGUCUUGGCCCUGUUUGCGCUGUCCUGGCUUCCACUUCACAUUAUGAACUGCAUCCUUUUAUUCACAAACCAUGCAAUCAAAAUAGCUUUCCAUAUUGGCAUUUCUCUUUCUCAUGCUAAUUCGGCAGUAAACCCUGUCGUGUAUGCAUUUAAAAUAAAAAAGAUAAAGAGAGCAUACAUAAACAUCUGGAAACAAUAUACUUAUUGUGAAGCCGAAAGUCAAGGAUCUCAGACCAGCAAGUCUGAUGUUAGAUUCAGCUGCAAUAAUAUGAGUGAGACCAAUGACAAUAUGAGUCAGAUCAAUGAAAACUAAAAUGACCUGUGAAAAUGUUGCAGUCUUUCUUUAUUCUAAUCCAAGAUUUUUC